CUGCCUACGUAACGUCGUCAACACUGCAGUCUCUGACUAGCAGCUGCAGUAGCAGAAACACAGCACGCCCAUCAAAACCUCUGUACUUUCAACCAGCUAACACUGAAGGAAAGGCAAGCAUCAUAAUGGCGUCACCCUCCUAUCCACUGGACCCGGAUUUAAUGAGGGAGGUUCUCGAAUGCCCUAUCUGCCUGGAGACCUACAGCCAGGAUCAAAUGAGACCCAAACUCCUGCAGUGUGGUCACACAGUGUGCCGUCAGUGUCUAGAGAAGCUGUUGGCCAACACCAUCAAUGGUGUGCGCUGCCCAUUCUGCAGCAAGGUCUCCCGUAUGAGCAGUAUCUCCCAGCUGGCUGAUAAUCUCACUGUGCUCAAGAUCCUAGAUUGUACUACAUCUUGCAGUGCCGCUGCUGCUGCCCUGAUGUGCAAGUCCUGCUGCAGCCGCCUACCACGACAGUACUGCCAUGACUGUUCCACAGUUCUCUGUGAACUCUGUAAAGGGGAGGGCCACCUGCAUCAAGGCCAUUCAGUCCAGCCAAUUAGGGUGGCUGCUGAACAACGUCGUAAAGAACUGGGUGGGAAGCUGGCUGCUCUGCGCAAGGUUAUGGGCGAAAUUCAGAAGAAAAAAUCAACUAUUGAAAACAUCUCCAAGUCCUUGAGGCUAAAAUACCGAGCAGUGCAACAGGACUAUACUACAGCUGAGCUACGUCUUCAAGAGGAACUCAGCAGGUCUCGAAGGACGUUCACAGCUUCUAUGACAGAAGUGGAAAAGCUCAAUGGGCAGGUCCUGGAGGAGCAGACAUAUCUCCUGAACAUUGCAGAGGUAAAAGUGGUGUCACGCUGUGAUUAUCUGACAAUGCGGGUGAGGCAGAGUGAUGUCGCCUUGCUAAAGGAUGAUGGUGGAGGCAGUGAUGAUGAGGAGCUGGAUCUGAGGAGCAGCUUGCCCACGAUGUUUCAGCUGCAAGAGCCAGAGCUGAUCAGAACAGAGCACUCGAAACCUGUAGAAGUGGGCCAAUUGACCACAAACACUUAUACUGUCAAUACAGAUGACGAGGAGAGUGGGUUGGAGAUUGCACUUGAGGGUGAUGUAGACAGCGUAGGUGGGGCAGUAGGCGCUACAGGUGGUGCAAUGGGAGCUCCAGUGGAUCUUUACCGAGAUAUUGACAUGGUUACAGCUGUAGAGGAGGCGAUAAGUGAUUCACCUGGCAACUUUAAGUCAAAGUCCGUGGAUGCAGGGAGUGGAUCACCUGGAGGAGCUGGGGCGAGUGCAGGGCCCCCAGUCUGCCAGUUUGUGAAGAAGAUGGGUUGCAAAGGAACCCUACCUGGCAUGUUCAACUUACCAGUUAGCAUCUGCGUAUCAGCACAAGGUGAGGUCCUGGUGGCUGACCGUGGCAACUACCGCAUCCAGAUCUUUAAUCGCAAAGGCUUCCAGCAUGAAAUCCGCCGCAAUGCCAGUAGCAUUGACAACUUUGUCUUGAGCUUCCUUGGGGCCGACCUGCCUAACCUCAUCCCCUUAUCUAUUGCUGUCACUCCUCAAGGUCUGAUUGGGGUCACUGACAACUACGAUAACUCAGUCAAAGUUUACACUAUGGAUGGGCACUGUGUGGCUUGCCACAAGAACCAACUGAUUAAACCUUGGGGCAUUACUGCCAUGCCAUCAGGCCAGUUUGUGGUGUCAGAUGUGGAAGGCGGCAAGCUGUGGUGCCUUGCAGUGGACCGCAAUGUAGGUGUGGUCAGCUACAACCGAUUGUGCUCUGCUGUGCGGCCGAAGUUUGUGACAUGUGACACAGCUGGAACAGUCUAUUUCACCCAGGGCCUGGCCCUGAACUUUGAGAAACGCCACAAUGAGCCCCACCUGGAAGGCGGCUUCUCCAUUGGCUCAGUGGGUACCGAUGGCCAACUGGGCAAGCAGCUCAGCCAUUUCUUUGCAGAGACAGAGGACUUCCGCUGUAUCACUGGCAUGUGUGUGGAUGCCAAUGGGGAUUUGCUGGUAACGGACAGCGGCAGGAAAGAAAUCCUCCAGUUUCCCAAAGAGGGUGGAUUCAAAAUUCUCAUCCAGGAAGGGCUGACCUGCCCUGUGGGAGUGGCCACUACCCAGAAAGGGCAGCUGCUAGUUCUGGACUGUUGGGACCACUGUGUCAAAGUCUACACAUACAUUCAGAGGAGACACUCCUCCACCUCAUAGAGGAACAAUCCAAUCUAACUGCACAUAAGUAUGAGAGGUUUAGUAGGUAUGUGUUGGUAGGUGUGGAUGGAAGUUUGGAGAAGGUAGAAACACACUGUAAUCUGUCACUUAAAUUUGAGUGCAGUCCAAAUAAUUCUCACUCCAGCUUUCAUUGGUUCAUUAAAUGAAUGUUCUAGUCCUUGUAUUUCAGUUCAUGGCCUUCUGAAUUUUAGUUGUGUUACCUCAAAUUAAAAAUUGGCCUCUAAAGCUGUUUUUGAUUAUGAUUAUUUUAAUAGAUCACAACACUAAAACUGAUCUUGCAACAAUUUACGUCAAAGAAUGCUGGCACAAGUUGCCAGAUUAAAAUAAGCCAUUGAUGUCAAAGCUAACGCAGGCACAAAAUACAGAGGAUUUCCCUUCCUCUCUUACUGGCUGCUAUAUCCACCAGCCUGACUGUGUGUGAUGCACGGCUUUCCCUGAUUUGGCUCAGCUUUGCAACAAAAAAAAAACGAGAGGAGGAAGAGCUAAAAAUGAACCUGUAUUUAUAUAUGAAAUAAAACAUACCAAGGCUUCUGGCCUGUGAAGCACUUUAUUGUUGACAUGUCACUGUUCCCUAGUGUUUCUAGGUUUUAUUAGCACAGACUAACAUUGAUGUUGCUGAAUGCAGCUGGCAGCUUUAAAGUUUACUGUGCAGUUUGCUAAUGGCACAUCAGUAACCCAAGUAUCAGCAUUCAUUGACUUGCAUUCAGUAACAUUCAGGGAACAUACAGUAAGUGUAGAAUAUCAAGUUACCUACAGGGAAAGGAGUUGAACUACAAAAUCACAAGCUUAUGUGCUUUGAUGGAAAGCUGGGGAAUAUGGGGCCUGGUGAUAUGACAUUUACUGGGGUUUCUGUGGGUUUACAUUUUUUACUGACAUUGUCAGGAAAAAAAACUUUUGUACAGGUCUACAAUGGUAAAUAGGAUAUACCUUUAGCUGUUAAAUUCAUCUAUUUAUUUUUGUUAAAGCUGCUUUGAGGGUAGCUGAGUUGAUACCGCCAGAAUUAGACACAGACAAUAUUUAUUAUCAUUUUUCUGGAACUUAUUAAUACUGCCUAGCUAGCCUGUGUUCGUGCUCCUUUAUUCAACCAACUGCUCCUUACUUUCCAGCCACAGCCUCACUUAUGUCACUACUAGGCAAGUUGAGGUAGAAUUCUGCUCCAGAUCGUAUACCAGCUGUUUUGCUCAGUCAUACAUCUGAAUCGCAUUACUGUGGGCAGUUUUACUUCCGAUCGCAAACUGUCCUGUUGACCGUCCAGUCCUACUUGAAUACAUCCACAGCACCAUGAAUAACAAUUAAUCGAUGAAAGUUUUAGUCCUACUUCUCAGACAGAGCUGUUUCCAUUAUUAACAAAGUAGCAAAGUUCUGAGGUCCUACAGUAAAUGUUCUUUGUAACAGAUCUAUUCGCUGUGGAAACUGUCAGAGCUAUCUUUAAUUUACUUUUUGUUGCUAUGCCAAUACAAGAAACACAAGCACCCAGACCAUCAAAAAUGUUUACACAACCCUGUCCAAACCCGACAUUUAUUCCACUUGUUCCGCCCUACCUAGUGCUUACACACUCUUUGUAGGGAUCACUGGCAGGAGUGUUCAGAAUAGCACUGUUAGGAUAAUGUUGAGUGAAAACUCCAGCAACACACGCCAAACCUGGCUUUGUUACACUGCGAUGUUGGUUCAGUGUUGCUGUGUCUCCCUCAGGUUUUUAUUCAACACUAGACGACUUGCAACCAGAAUUCUCUAGCGUUGGUAGAUACGGUGAAGAUAGCAGCCAUAUACAGGGUUUUCCUAGUUAGUGCUAGUGUUAGUCUACAUGAAGUUGGUCUGUAUCAGCAUGCAUUUUAUGUAUUAUUUUAUCAUGUUGAUUUAUUGAAUUUUUGAGUCCAUGUAAAGCAUGAGAAAGAUGAUGCUUUCAGGUAAAAUAACAAAAGACGACACUUUUGAUGAAAAUAUUUUGUGGCCUAACUAUGGGGAAUCAAAUUAAUCAUUGAAACCCUCCCAUCAAUACUGUAUCAAACAUGUUCUGUUUCCAUAUAGUCCCAAAUAUGCCUGAGACAAUACACAUCUUUCAGUCCAGGUUCGCUCAUAAGAGCAUAUCACAUAGUUUGAGCCUUAAAAAUAAAUACUCUCACAAAGCUGACCUUAACUCUGCACGUGGAGCCCUAUUAAACAGCAACAUACAAAUAUACAUAUCUGAUAAUCAAACUGUAUCAUAAACAAUAAGUGUUUUUAAUAUUUCUAGCUAAGAGAUGAGGUGAAAAAAAUAACAAAAUUUAAGUAUCAGAUGAAGUCUGUCACAGUCAUUUUCUUGUGCUUUUUUAUUUCACUAUGUAUUUGUUUACCUCAACACUAAACUAAUUGAUUUUAAUAAUAGAUUCAGCUGCAUGUCAACCUUGCCAUCAAAAUUGAUUUUUGUCUCAGUGAUUACACUUUAUGCAAGUGGUAACUAGAAGUAGUCAUUAUUAGAGAAUAUUCAGACUCCUAACAAUAACAGAAAAAGGCAUACAAUGCUAGUAAAAUCAAGUGUCCUUGUGUCAGUGUGCUGAACAUGUGAGUGUGUCACAUAUGAAUAUGAUUUAUUUAAUUGGAGGAAAGUUAUGUCCUUGCAUUUUUAUUAGUUAAUUGAUUUAUACUACUGGAUUGUAUUAUUGCAAUAUGUCUAUGAACCAAACUCCCAUGUCCUUCAGGUGUUAUGUCGUUUGGAGGUUGUGGAUUUCACAAUGUGUUGAACACAUUACAGUCGUGUGUGUAGUCAAAUUCAUGUUUGUAUUGUUGAUUAUCUGAGUGCAAUAAACAUUUAUGAA